GCCGAAGGCCGAUCUCCACCUCACAAAUUUGUUUGGCAGAGGUUGAAACGAAACCUCCUCCUCCUCCUCCUCUUCCUCCCCAUGUGGGCAGGUGCAUUCCCUCUCCGCCAGAUAUAUCUCUCUCCUCUCCUCUUCCCACCAAACUCCUCUCUUCCGCUCCAUCAUAAAUUACCGGAAGAUUUCCCUCCAACUAUUCCACCUUCCAUCUCCAACAAGACGGUAUAUUUUGAAUCGUGGAUGGCAGUUCCGAUGGCCUUCGGGGCCGUCGCCGUCGACCCCCUCCCUUCCCCCUGCCUCUGCGUCGACGCCCUCAACUACGGCCGCGGGACCGCGUGCCGAAGGCCGCCGCUGCCGUCCCGGCCGUCCGCCUCCUCGCUCGAGCUCAGCAGCUCCUUCCUCGACGCCCGGCGCGCGCGGCGUGGCCGCAUCGCGUUUGUGCUCGCGAAGAGGCAGCAGCGGAGCAGGCGACGGGGCGGAUUGGUCGUGGUCGUGGACGAGCUGGGCGGGCAGUACGAGGAGGGAUUCGAUGACGUCCAUGUGCAACUUAUUAAUUACUUCACCUACAAAGCAUCGAGGACAGUUCUCCACCAGCUGUAUGAAAUGAACCCACCCAGUUAUAGGUGGUUCUACAAUUUUAUCGCAAAUAAUAAACCGACUGAUGGUAAACGUUUUCUUCGUAGCCUGGCAAAGGAGAAGCAAGACCUUGCAGAAAGAGUGAUGAUAACGCGCCUCCAUCUAUACGGCAAAUGGAUAAAGAAAUGCGACCAUGCAAAAAUGUAUGAGAAAAUUUCGGACGAGAACUUACAGCUGAUGCGUGAGAGGCUAAUGGAGACCGUCAUUUGGCCAUCAGAUGACACAAACAUGGAGAAAAUUGAUUGAUUCGCAACGUGUGUGUGUGUGUGUGCUCACCUUAGUUUGUAGUUUAGCAAAAAUCAAAUCUUUAUGUCCCGUUCCGAUGGUUUUUGUAUAUAAUGUUUUACGAUCUGAUAAUAGAAAUAUAGGUCUCGGUCAUGCGACCUGUUUAAGCA